AAAUACCUCCUCAAAGUUGGGGUAAUGGAGAAGCUACCUUUUGAGAUGAUUUUGGGGAGGGAUGUGCCUGUACUCUCUGAUCUGUUGGGAAGUGUGGGGGGUCAGCUAUAUGAGCAGUCAGUUUGCCAGUCUGAUGUUCAGAUGGCAUGUUCAGUUGUCACUCGUGCCCAGGCCAAAGCUGGUUUACAACCUCUGCCUGACUUGUGUGAUAGUCUGUGCGAGGGGGGAACCAAAGGGCCCAGAAAGUCACGCCGCCAGCGGCGUCUUGAGAAGUAUGUGGGAACCCCUGUACCUGUUGCUGAUGUGUCUGGGUUAGAGGUGCAAUGGGAUGUUCCACAAAAUUUUGCUACACUGCAGAAGUCUGACGCAACCUUGAAAUGUUUGUUUGACAAGGCCUUAGCUGGGGACAGUCAAUCUUUAUGUGGGGGGAUUUACACAGUAGACAACCACAUACUCUACCUUGGGUCAGAGGCAGAUAGCAGGAAGUUGGUGGUGCCAUCUACCUGUAGACCACUUGUUCUCAACCUUGCACAUACAGUUCCAUGGGCAGGCCAUCUAGGGCAACAUAAGACCUAUCUUAGGCUAGGCUCCCGUUUCUUUUGGCCCUCCAUGUAUACUGAUGUACAAAAAUACUGCAAAUCAUGCCCCACGUGCCAGAAAACCAGUGCUGUCCGUAGGUCUGAACGGGCUCCUCUAUGUUCACUGCCAGUUAUCUCUACCCCAUUCAAGAGAAUUGCAAUGGACAUUGUUGGACCCUUGGAGAAGAGUAGUGCAGGUUACAAGUAUAUAUUGGUGAUCUGUGACUAUGCCACCCGGUUCCCAGAAGCCUUCCCACUCCGUUCCAUAACCACUCCAAAGAUAAUCAGUGCUCUUGUUCAGCUCUUCUCUCGUGUAGGAAUCCCAGAUGAAAUCCUGACGGACCAAGGGACAAACUUCACCUCGCGACUGAUGGUUCAACUCCACCGACAGCUGGGCAUUAAAGGCUUGAGGACUACUCCCUACCAUCCCCAAACGGAUGGGCUCGUAGAGAGAUUCAAUCAAACGCUCAAGAACAUGCUGAGGAAGUUUGUGGCUGACACUGGUAAAGACUGGGAUAAGUGGUUACCCUUUCUGCUUUUUGCUUACAGGGAGGUGCCUCAGGCAUCGACAGGUUUCUCGCCAUUCGAACUCCUCUAUGGAUGGCCAGUGCAAGGACCACUGGACCUGCUGAAGAAGUGCUGGGAAGGUUCCCCAGUAGCUACCUCAGGACAGGGGAUUGUCCAGUAUGUCCUCCAGAUGCGAGACAGGUUGGAACGGUACCAAGAGGAAGCUAGAGCAAACCUACAGCAAGCCCAGAAGGCCCAGAAGAGAGGCUAUGACCAGCACGCUCGCCACAGAGAGUUUGAGCCAGGACAGAAAGUCCUGCUCCUCCUUCCCUCAUCUACCAGCAAGCUCCUUGCGCAAUGGCAAGGACCGUACCUAAUCGGGAGGAAGAUGGGCCCAGUGACCUACGAGGUGCUGCACCCGGACAAGGGUAAGAAGAAGCAAACCUACCAUGUGAACCUUCUCAAGGCCUGGGAGGAGAAAGAGGAACUCUCCAAAGGAAAGUCCUUUCUGGUCCGCAGAGUAGAAGAGGAUGAGUCGGAUGGGGUCACAGAGGCAUGGAAAGAACGAGCAGAAGUCAUACUGGCUCACCUGGAAGAAGACAAGCAAGAUGAGCUGAAGCAGCUGUUUGGCAAGUAUCCGGCCCUCUUCAGUCAGAGACCAGGAAGAACCAAAGUCCUGGAACACGUCAUUCGUUUGAAACCUGGCCAGAACCCUGUCCGCCAGCAUCCUUACCGUGUGCCUGAGAGGCUGGUGGUAGCCCUCAAGGAAGAGGUCCACACCAUGAUAGAGAUGGAUGUUGUCGAGCCAUCUUCAAGUGAAUGGAGCAGCCCUAUUGUCAUUGUCCCAAAGAAGGAUGGCUCUUUGCGCGUCUGCAUGGACUUCCGUAAGGUGAAUGCCAUCUCCCAGUUUGAUGCCUAUCCCAUGCCCCGCAUUGACGACUUACUGGAGAGAAUAGGUAGAGCUCAUUACAUCACCACAUUGGAUCUCUGCAAAGGGUACUGGCAGGUGCCCCUGGAUGAACAAUCCAAGGCCUACACUGCAUUCCGGACGCCAAUGGGCCUGUUCCAGUUCAAGGUCAUGCCGUUUGGCCUUCAUGGGGCCCCUGCGACUUUCCAGAGGCUGAUGGACAAGGUCCUCCAGGACUGUGACGAUUACUGUGCUGCUUACUUGGAUGACGUGGUGAUCUACAGCCACUCCUGGGAGGAGCACAUACAGCAUCUUAGCAGCGUCCUGGGGAAGAUCCAUGAAGCAGGCCUCACGCUUAACCUCCUGAAGUGUGAGUGGGCGAAACAGGAGACAAAGUACCUGGGUUACCAGCUGGGUAAGGGUGAAGUUCGGCCUCAGGUGGAGAAAGUGGAGUCCAUCAGGAAUAGCCCUCAACCCAGAACCAAGACACAGGUGAAGUCCUUCCUAGGUCUGGCAGGGUGGUACCGGAGAUUCAUUCCACAGUUUUCGACCAUCGCUGUCCCUCUGACCAACCUCACUUCGAAGGGGGCCAGCAACCCUGUGAAGUGGACUGAGGAGUGUGAGGAAGCCUUCAUGACACUAAAAAAACGACUGUGCUCAUUCCCUGUUCUCCAGACCCCUGAUUUUAAGAAGAGAUUUCUCGUGCAGGUGGACGCUUCGGCUGUAGGAAUUGGAGCUGUACUGGCCCAAGGGGAGCCAGGAGAAGAGCUUCCUGUGCUGUACCUGAGUCGGAAGCUGUUGCCCAGGGAAACCAGGUAUUCUACAAUCGAAAAGGAGUGCCUGGCUAUAAAGUGGGCCCUAGAUAGCCUCCGUUACUACCUUCUUGGGAGGGAAUUUGACCUGCACACGGACCACAGAGCACUGACCUGGAUCCAGACCAUGAAGGACCGGAAUUCUCGUGUGACCAGGUGGUAUCUGGAGCUCCAGCCCUUCAGGUUCUGUGUCCGUCACAAGGCAGGAAAAGAGAACGUUACUGCGGACUACCUAUCAAGGCUCCCGUACAUGGUCGCUUCAGGAGAGGAGGAAGUAUUCUACUUCCUCUUCAUCUAA